AUGAUAAAGCUAACAAAAAUCAAUAAUGUCAUUGUGGAACCAAUCAAAUUACCACAACCACCAAAAAAUGUAAAAGGAUCAGAAUUAUUUAAUCAAUUAAAUGCAAAUAUAUUGGUAUGUGCUCCAAAGAAUAGUGGCAAGACUGUUGUUAUUAAAAAGAUUAUAGAUGAAUGUACUAAUAAACAAACCAAUGUUUUAAUUUUUUGUGCGACAGUUCACAAUGAUCAUAGUUGGUUGGAAAUUCAAAAAGAUUUGGAUAAAAGAGGAAUAACAUUUAUGGCAUUUACAAGUAUUUAUGAUGACAAGGCAAAUGUGUUGGAAGCAUUUAUUCAAAGUUUACAAGUAAAACCAAAUGAAAAUAGUAAAUCAUUGAUAUUGACCAAUAAUAUUGUGGCAGAGAAAUCAUCAUCAAAAAAAGAAGUGGCACCAGAUUAUUUAAUUAUUUUUGAUGAUUUAUCAAAUGAAUUAAAAGAUCCAAGUAUUACCAAACUAAUGAAGAUUCAAAGACACUUUUCAACCAAGAUUAUUAUUAGUACUCAAUCAUGGAAAGACACUUCAUCACAUAUUCGAAAAGAAAAAAUGAGCAGAAGGGUAUGGAUUUCAAAUGAUGGAGCUUGUAUUCACACAGGUUUGGGUGGCCAACAAGGAGAUGGAUUUGGAGAUUGGUUUAAAAAAGCAUACGACUUUGUAAAAGAAAACAAAUUAAUAUCACGAGGAGCAAAGGCACUUGGUGAUGCUGGUGUUCCUUAUGCUAGCAAGAUUGGAGAGGUUGCAGACAAAUUGGGUUAUGGAAAAAAACCAAGACGAAAAAGAACACAAGCUGGAGGAACGCAAUAUGGAAUUAAUGGUGGAGCCAAGAGAAAAAGAGGACCUAGAAAAAAAAAAAUGACAGCAAGAUUUGUAGAUUUAUUAAAUGAAUUUGAAGAUGUGGCCAUUGGACAAGUUGAUGAAUUGACAAUUACAGAUCAACUGGUACUGGAAAACACAACAAAUCAAAUUAUUUUUGGAGAUUUGCAAGUAAUUUUAAAUGUAGAUACAACAUCACAAUCUACAAUAGACAUACCAAGUAUUGGAUCAAAAAAGGUUGCUCAAGUGGUAUUGACAGAAAUAGAUCAAACAAUUAAUGGACACAAGACAUUUAGUGAUAGUUUAAAAGUCGACAAAUCAAUUGAAUCAAAUGAAAUGAAAACAAAUACAAUUACUCCUCAAUCGGGUGUAGGUAUUACUAUUAAUGGAACAACAACAGUAAAUAAUCUUGAAAUAAAUGGAAAGGUUAGCAUGCAAUUACUGGAUAUUGCCAACAUAGAGUGUGAAUCUCUUGCAACAAACAAAACUACUGGAGAAACAAUUAAUAUUGCAGCAAUCAAAUCAUUAUUUAUCAAUGCACCAUCUGUAGAAACAAACCAGUUAUCAUUUGUCAAUCUAAUUCCAGGUUAUAUUCCAACACCACUGGAUUUCUAUGAAUAUUAUACGCACUGGGUUCAAUUUAAAUACAAUCUAUCUGGAGGAUCAUAUGUUUAUUCAUACAACCAAAUCCAUAUCGUAAGAAUUGGUAAACUAGUUACACUGUGUGUUGAUUCACCUCCAACCUUUACAAUGCAUGCAACAGCUCAAGCUUCAGAAGUAUACACUGAUAUUAUUAUUCCUGAAAGAUUUAGACCUCCCAAUAUUCAAAUAGUCACAGUGUCAACAUACCAAAAACAAUCUCCAACUUUAUUUAUCCAUCCAUGUAGAAUCUGUUGUAUGUUAGAUGGACAAUUGAUAAUCCAAAAUAGUGAUGGAAGUGGAAUACCUUGUGAUGCCAACCAAUCUUUUUCCAUUGAUCCAUUUUCUAUGAGCUAUGUUUGCAUAUAA